AUGUCUACGUUUGUUCAUCCUCAAGAAAGGCUGGAUUCAGAGCAAACGACUAACUCCGAAACAAUUAACUCCGCAAUGCCGGCACCAGAAGCCUCUUAUUCUAAUAACACUAUGCCAUUUUCGUUGCCACCUGCCACAAAUUCAGAGGUUGACGUCGCCUCAGUGAAUUCUUUCAGAACAAUCGAUACAAACCAAACCGGUGAUCAAGAAAGUUUGUCUUCGGAUUUCACGGACCGUGCGAACGAACCACAGGGUUUGAUUAAAUUGCUUUGCGAAAUUGAUGGUGGUCUUGGCGUCGCUCUCGAACGAGUUAAACAAUGCUCAUCAUCGGCCAAAGCAUCAACUUUUUUAAAAAAAAGGGCAGCAAUUGAAGAUGAAUAUGGCAGAAUGAUGAUUAAGUUGGCCAAAAGUAUGCAAGAAGGCCACCAUACUAAUGAUACAAAACAAGGCUCAUAUGGUGAAAAUUGGCUUUACAUGCUGAAGUUACAUGAAUCCAUCGGCGAGAAUAGGGUCAAAUUUGCAGCAGCAAUUCAAGAGAUAUCUGAAGAAAUAACAGCGCUUUAUAAAGAUACAGAUAAAAGCCGAAAGAAUCUUAAAGAUUCGGGUCAAAAACAUGAAAAAUCAAUUCAAGAUGCAGAACAAGCAUUGGAAAAGGCUAAAACAAAAUAUGAGACACAUAGUGAAGAUUGGGAGCGCACUAUUUUGCAAAAAAGUGGCGAUAUAUCUAAUAUAAAACCAAGAACCUCCUUAACAAAAGCCAUUUUUUCUAAGCAGCCAAAGUCUCCCACACAGCUGUUAAAGAUGGAAGAAGACGCAAGGAACAAAGCGGCAACUGCCAAUGAUACAUAUAAGCAUCAUUUGUCUAUCACAAAUACGGCACGGCACGAAUAUUAUGAUAUACAUUUGCCUCGUAUGAUUAUGGCUCUCAAAGAUAUUUCGGACGAAUGUGAUAUAGGCAUACAAUAUCAUCUGGCUCGAUAUACCUACCUUUUUGAAAAUACUAUGAUAAGCGACGCAUUGGUUAUAAGUCCCGUCAAUACCGAAGAUGGUCCUUCUAUGCGAAAGAUUGUUGAACAAAUCAAUAACGAAGAGGACUAUUACUCAUACGUACAGUCAUGUAGUGCAAAGGCGAAAAAAACGAAAAACUAUGAUAUCCCAUACGAUCAAUAUCAUCUGUCUGAGCAAGCAAUUAAUAUAAUAAAUCCCAAAAAUAUUUUUGGAGUUGAUUUGGCUGAACAAAUGCGAAGAGAUAAUCAUGAAAUUCCAUUGAUUUUAAUUAAGUGUGCAGAAGCAAUCGAAAAAAAUGGUGGCCUUGAAAGUCAAGGGAUUUACCGUGUUUCAGGUGUCCAAUCACAUAUUCAGAAGUUGCGGACAUUGUUUGACAGAAAUGCGGAAGCCGUUGACUUGAGUGCGGAGGAAUGUUCUUCAGAUGUCAAUAAUCUUACCAAAAUUCCUGAUGAAAGAAAACGUGUUCUUGGGCUACACGAACGUGUCAAUAAUCUUCCAGAUCCAAAUUAUAGUACACUGAAAUAUUUAAUGGGACAUUUGCAUAAAAUUGUUCAAAAUCAGGAGAAAAAUAAAAUGAGCGUUCAAAAUCUUGGAAUUGUGCUUGGGCCAACAUUGAUGGGCAGCCCUGUUGUUACUGCAAUUUCAAAUCCCGUAUCAUCAUCAGGUUUAUCAUCAGGUUUAUCAUUACAAAAUCCAAAUAUGGCACUUUCAUCGCCUUUAUCAAAUGUAUCAGAUGGCGGAGGACUUAAUGAUAUGGGUUGGCAGUGUAAAGUUGUAGAAACUAUAUUGGACAAUUAUCUUGCUAUCUUUGUGUGA